GUCGCUGACGUUUUACUUUUGUAUUUCUUUCUUAAUAAACAAAAUUUCCAAUUUGUAUAAAAUCAUCAACUGUAUAGAAUAAUAGGGAAAACAAAUUGUGGAAUAAGUUUAACAUGUCUUUUCUAUAUAUAUUGAGUUGGGUAUCCACGGUGAUACAUAUUGUUUUCAUCACAAUAUCGAUUGCGGCGGGUCUGUACUAUGUCGCUGAAUUGGUGGAAGAGUACACCCAAACUGCUCGAAAGGUCAUUACAAUGAUGAUCAGCGCAACAGUAUUUGUGUAUAUAAUGUUCAUAUUCUUUGACAACUUACCAUGGAAGAUGAUACUGUGUGGGCUUGCAGCGCAAAUGUUUCACGGGAUAAUCAUGAGUAACUUCCCAUUCAUACGAUUCAUCUCAGUUCCUUUUACUGGCGCAAUAGUAUUACUGAUUAUUAACCAUAUGUUGGCCUUCCAGUACUUCACCAGCUAUUAUUAUCCCUUCCUACAGAUUUUGGCAUAUUUUACAAUAUGUCUCUGGCUGGUGCCAUUUGCACUUUUCGUGUCCUUGAGCGCAAACGAUAAUGUGCUGCCGACUACGGUUAAUGACAGUAUGGGAAGCCAAGACGUGGUUACGAAUUAUUUCAGCCGUGGGAAAAAACAAGGACUGUUGUCGCUUUUUAACUAUGCUAAGGAUAGUUUAUUACCGACAAGAAACAAGAAAUCUUUCUGAGAAUUCCUGCCUGUAAAUUCGGAAAAUGUGGACUGCUACCAAAACAUACUUUGUUAAGUUGAAAAAGCUUGGUAAUUGCAUUAUUUAUUAAUUAAACAUAAAUUAUAGAAUUUACACCGAAA